AUGGCGCUGCGCUUAGAUGCCAGACUAUUAAUGGGAAAAAUUAGAGAUUUAAGGUGUUUUACGUCCAGGAGACAUCGAAUCAAAGAAAAAUGGGCUGCUACCCGCCCCAAGCACCCUCCAACUAGUUUAGCCCUGCAACAUUUUGACGUGACCUACAGCAGUCAGCUGGGUCAGCUCUGGCCAUCUGUUCGAGUUGCCCUGCUCUCAGAGAGAAAGUAUGGAGCUCUGCUGAACAAUUUCUGCACCCAUGAUUUUGAGGAAGAUCUUACUUCUCAAGGAUGCAGAGACUUUGUUUCUGAUAUGGUCACAAAAGAGCAUUCAUGCAAGGAGAGAGAGACAGAAGUGGAAGUCAGUGAAAAUUCCACUUUAACAGCUGCGGAAAAAUGUGAUGUUAUUGGGCAGCAUCAAUUAGCAGCACCACGCCUCAGCCCAAACAUCAAAUGCUUAGUCUUUCCAAGAGGUGAUAUCACACGAUUCAAACCAGCUAGACCAGACGCAUAUGGAUUAUUAUCUUACUACUUGAUGGAUGCGGCAUCAGUGUUACCUUGCCUUGCCCUGGAUGUUCAUGAGGGUCACACCCUGUUGGACCUCUGCGCUGCCCCAGGAGGAAAGACACUGGCUUUACUCCAAAGCCAGGCCAUUGGUUUUUUGUGUUUGAAUGACUCCUCUGUCUCUCGGACAUUACGGCUAAGGAAGGUGCUCCACAGCUACGUACCUAAAGAGCUUUUGACCAAUAAGAAUCUACGCAUCACUUCCUUAGAUGGCACCAAAUGGGGCGAAAUAGAGCAGAAUACUUUUGACAGAGUGCUCGUUGAUGUUCCCUGUACCACAGACCGACAUUCACUCAUGGAAGAUGACAACAACAUAUUUAGUAAGAACAGAAUGGGCGAGAGGCGACGUCUGCCGCAAUUACAGCUGCAGCUACUGCUUGCAGGAUUGGUGGCAGCGCGUCCAGGUGGUGAGAUCGUCUACUCCACAUGCACGCUUUCUCAAAUCCAGAAUGUUGGCGUGGUUGAACAAGCCAUCCAGUUGGCACAUGAGAACUAUGGCAUCCAGCUUCAGGUUGUAGACCUGCACCCCCUGACGCACAUGUUCAAGAAUACCUUCCACUUCGCUUCUGACCUCCGUCUGGGUGAGAUGGUCAUCCCACACUUAGCUGCUAACUUUGGACCCAUAUAUAUGUGUAAACUCAAGAGGCUCACGUAG